CACCUUCGCUCACUCGCCCUCCGCCAAUGCCGGGGAUGCAUAUCCAGUCAUUAGAGGUGCAGAGUUCUUCACGGGGUGACCCCGAUGAUAACCUCUACGAUGACCUCGACAAUAACCUCAAUGAAACUCGAUUGAUACAGUCGAUCACUGAAGGCCUGGUAAAAGUUCAUGAAUUAUACCUCUCGCUUUGGAAUCCGAUGGGAUGCAAGGGAGCUGUGGGACACUUUACGACGGCACAAAAGAAGUUUGAAGCGGUUCAUCUUUCAGGCGAGGACUGUCGAUUCCGACGUGGAAUCCGAGACUUUCGAGGCAGUAAUGGAUACUGGCGAUAUGGGGAUCUUGAGCCCGACCUUCCUGUCGAACCUUUCGGAGUUUGGGGCAGACUAUGAAGACGGAGGGGACGAUGAAUGGUUCAACUAUUCAUUCCCCAAUCCCCUGAACGAGCUGGACCUGGAGUGCGUUGGCUUAGCUUGCCAUCCUGAUCGUUUGCAAGAGGUAUUGACGCCCUUUGCCAGUAAAGCAUGCCUCCGAAUUCUCCAUAUUCGGCAGUCGGGGCCCGAUAUUAAGAGAUUCGGUUCUUGGGUAUUCGACACUGUAGAAGCGGACGCCGGCCUCUAUGCCUGUUUCGCCCCUGGGAAGCAUGCGAUAUACGAGGCUGAUGGUUUCUCCUGGGCCGAUCUUCCAAGCCUCAACAACACCGUCAUACUGCCUGUCCUGGAUCGGAGUUUUCUCGACUUCAUGACUUGGUUAUUCGGACCUAGGGGUGUUCCUUCGUUGGAGAUACUUGCAUACGGUGACUUCUCGUGUCAUGGCCGAUACCUAGCUGACUCUUUCAUGUUGCGGAGGAAACAGUCGACAGACAGCCAGAGGUCUUGGGAAUGGCACGACCCUACACGAGGGCGCCAUCCCAAUAUCGAGGGCCUCUUGGAGCAGCAUGCUGGAUUUCUCGAGGCCUGCCCCACUGAUACGAUCAUGCAUUGCUGAGUAUCGCUCCCAGAGGAUGUCUUAGGGCAACCAUACAUCAGCGUUCGUAUGCGGGGAAAUCUACGCGGUCUCAGGAGCGAGAAAAGUGGCUGGGGGGAGUAAAGCGAUGAGAACCAGCGAUGAGCAUGAGCAAGAGAAGUAGGCCAAAAACAACGGUGCUGAUGGAAACACAAAUUGUCCCAUACAUCCCCUUAUAAAAACUGAAUUGAACUGACUGUAAUGCCGAG